CAUUCCACCCAUGAACAAGGCAGAAUUAAUUUUUAUCAAGAUCUUCUUAGCUCUAUUUGCUCUAAACUCCCUCUCUCUUUAUGGUUACUUCUCCUCCAGCCACCCCAACCACCAUCACCAUCAUCUGGCGGUUAACCACCGUAACACGACGGCGGCGGAGGGUUUUCCCAAAAAAAUCCCACACCGUAAACCCCAUUUGUCAAACCCCGCGCGACCAAUCAUCCCAUCAAAGCCCUGGCCAACCAUCCCAUCAUAUCUACCUUGGUCUUUCUCCCCAACCGUAGCUUUAAAUUCAUGUGAAGCUUAUUUCGGGAAUGGGUUCACAAAGAUAUCCAACAUUUUGCCCGUAAAGGCCGCCUUGAGAUCCGGGUCUAGUUGGUUUAGGUGUCGUUACUCAGAGACUUUGAGGACUUCAAUUUGUGAAGGUGGGAAGAUAAGGAUGGAUCCCGGGAAGAUUAAGAUGUCAGGUGGUGGUGAAAAGCUUGAAGAUGUUAUUGGGAGAAGUGAAGGAAAAGAAUUGCCUGAGUUUGAAGAUGGAGCUUUUGUGGUUGAAUCAAGGUUAAAGAGAAGGAAGCUUGUUGGGUAUAAGUUCUUGCAUAAAAUUUUACCUGAGAAUGUUACAAGACACCCUAUAAGGGAAUCAGUUAGGUCUAUUGUUAUUGUGGGUCAAAAUGAUUUUGAUUGUCAAGAGUGGGUAGAGGAACCUACAUUGCUGGUAACAAGAUUUGAGUAUGCUAACCUUUACCACACGGUGACAGAUUGGUACAGUGCUUACAUGUCUUCCAGGGUUACCGGCUUGCCUAAUCGGCCACAUUUGGUCUUUGUUGAUGGUCAUUGUAAGACACAAUUAGAAGAAACAUGGAAAGCUUUGUUUUCGAGCCUUAGAUUUGCAAAAAACUUUACAGGUCCAGUCUGUUUCCGCCAUGCUAUUUUCUCGCCUUUGGGAUAUGAGACUCCAUUAUUCAGAGGGCUUAGUGAAGAAAUAAAUUGUCGUGGAGUUUCUGCUCAUGAUCUACAGCAAAAUCCUGAUAUCCACAAAACUGCUCGAGUAUCUGAGUUCGGAGAAAUGAUCAGAGCUGCUUUUGGAUUUCCGGUAAACAGACAUCAUGCUGGUAAGGCAGCCUCAGGUCAUAAUGUUCUCUUUGUCCGUAGAGAAGAUUAUUUAGCGCAUCCACGCCAUGAAGGUAAAGUUGAAUCCAGACUUACCAAUGAACAACAUGUGUUCGAUUCAUUACAGAGCUGGGCAUCUGAUCAUCUCAAAUGCAAAGUGAACCUGAUCAAUGGGUUGUUAGCACAUAUGCCGAUGAAAGAACAGAUCCGAGCUAUUCAAGAUGCUUCAGUUAUCAUUGGUGCUCAUGGUGCCGGUCUAGCACACAUAGUAUCUGCAACACCUAACACAGUGAUCCUCGAGAUUAUUGGCUGCGAAUUCAAACGGCCACAUUUUCGGUUGAUAGCACAGUGGAAAGGAUUGGAAUAUCAUGCCAUUUACCUUUAUGGAUCGUAUGCCAAUCCUCGAGCUGUCAUUCUUCGGCUUAACAAGAUAAUAAAGAGUCUUGGUUGCUAAACAACGGAUAAUCCUUCCAUCAUAUGCGUGUUAGAGUUAGCCUUGCACAAUUUUGCUCAUUUUUCCCCGAUUUUUUUUCGGAACUAACCGAAGAAUAGAAUGAGAUUUUUUUUUUUUUAAACUUCUUAGGUGUUCAUUCCAUUUGAUGGAUUGAAAUUAUAGUCACGGUACAAAGAUAAAGGAGAGGGUGAAAUCAUUCUAGUUGAUGAUGGAUAUAGGCAAUAUCCACAUUCAUAGAUGGAUAAAAAAUUAGGGUUUCCAUAUGGUUAUCUUUAAAUGUAAAUUUACAUGUUUGAUUUCACUUUCUUUUUCCUUUGAAUCAAUUCCUUUGAAGAAUUGAAAUCCCUCAAAGAUGCAUAUACACUUAAAAUCUCUCAAAGGUGUAUAUACAAUAAUUCAGAUAUUACAAAAUACAAAUAACACUUGUGUAAAGAAAUACAAAUAGACCCAACAAGUGUUUUGGAUCAUUUGGGUUUUUGCAUAA